UUGUUACUAGUGAAUAUUCGCUUGUCAGUUUCUACUUCUAAGGUUUAGUGUUGUUAUUCUAGAAAGUACUAUACUUAUUGUAUUUACAUUGCAAGGUUAAACUUAAAUAAUCUGCUACAAUGGCAGGCGCUACAAUGUUUGCUCAGCUUAAUAAACCAUCCGAUUAUGGAAUGAAAAAAAUCGAGACUGAACAUGACAGGAUUAUGGAACGAGAAGCUAUGAUUUUGUCUCAGGGAGAGUUAUUGAAAAAAGAAGGUAAAGCCAAGGAAUUGGCUGCUUUAAUUAAAGAUACUAGACCGUUUUUAGCAGAAAUUAGUAAAGCGAAGGCAGCAAAAUUAGUUCGUUCAUUAGUUGAUCUAUUUCUUGAUCUGGAAGCUGGAAUUGGCAUAGAACUUCAGUUAUGUAAAGAGUGUAUAGAAUGGGCCAAAGAAGAGCGAAGAACUUUCUUAAGACAAUCUUUAGAAGCUCGUUUAAUGGCUCUAUUAUUUGAUUCAGGGAUGUUUAAAGAAGCAUUACAACAUGGUUCUACACUUUUGAAAGAACUGAAGAAGUUAGAUGAUAAAAAUUUAUUAGUUGAUGUAUUGUUGUUGGAAAGCAAAGCAUAUCAUGCCUUGAAUAAUUUAUCUAAGGCUAGAGCAUCUUUAACUUCUGCUAGAACAACAGCUAAUUCAAUUUACUGUCCUCCUAAAAUGCAAGCAUCACUUGAUUUACAAUCUGGAAUUUUACAUGCUGCUGAUGAGCAAGAUUUCAAAACUGCAUACUCUUAUUUUUAUGAAGCUUUUGAAGGAUUUGACAGUGUUGAUAGUACAUCAAAAGCCCUUAAAGCCUUAAAGUAUAUGCUUUUAUCUAAAAUAAUGUUAAAUAAUGCUGAAGAUGUACAACAAAUAGUUAGUGGAAAAUUAGCUUUAAAAUACACUGGUCGUGAUGUAGAAGCAAUGAAAAGUAUAGCAAAAGCAAGUCAUAAGAGAUCUUUAGCUGAAUUUCAGUCAGGAUUGAAUGAAUACAAAAAAGAAUUGGAAGAAGAUCCAAUUGUUAGGGCUCAUUUAGAUACAUUGUAUGGAAAUAUGUUGGAGCAAAAUUUGUGCCGUAUAAUUGAGCCAUACUCAAGAGUUCAAGUUGAGUAUAUUGCUAAGUCAAUUGAUUUACCAAUGAAAAAUGUAGAACGAAAAUUGUCACAGAUGAUUUUGGAUAAAAAAUUUCAUGGAAUAUUGGACCAAGGAGAAGGAAUUUUAAUUGUAUUUGAAGAAGCAGAAAUUGAUGAAACAUAUGAACUAGUUUUAGAAAACAUAAAUAGUAUGGGCAAAGUAGUAGAUACAUUAUACCACACUGCAAAAAAGUUAACAUAAACCAAUUACAGAUUUAAUAUUUAUACCUACAAAAUAAAAUACUAAUUAUUAUAAAAAUUUUAUGUAUACCUUCUGUGUUUUUUAAUUAAUUAAAUAAAACAAUAGAAAUCAAUACAAUUUUUUUUCAUUUUUAAAGAAGAUGGGUUAAAUAUAAAAACUUGUGUUUGGUUAUUAAAAUUUAUACAAUGGUAAAAUAAGUGAAAUAUUUGUUUGGUUAUUGUAAAUAUUAUGAUUGUACAUUGAUAUAAUAAUUACGAACUGUUAUUAAUAAAUUUUUGUUUUAUUUACUAACAAGCAACGAAUUAGAUAAUUUUUCUAAGUUCUUUGAUUUUAUUUUUAUAUGUAUAAUCAUUUACUAUGUAAACUAUGCAUUGUACUAUGAUUAUUUUUAAACAAAUAAAGAUUAGGGAGAGGUUAGUUGAUUAUUUCAUUUA